GCAUCCAGACAGUACACGUGCAGCAAAUGUGGGAAAUCCUUAGGCUGUAAAUCUGUCCUCAUUGAUCCCCAGGGAUGGCACAGUGGGAUGAAGAGUUAUGUUUGCAGUGGAUGUGCAAAAGCUGUUAGCUGUAGCUCAGUGUUGAUUACUCAUAGGGUUGAGUCUGGAGAAGGGUUUUAUAAGUGUCGUGGCUGUGCAAAAUCUUUUCCCUCUAUGUCUGCCCUCUCACAUCAUCAGAGAUCUCAUGCAGGGAAAAGACGGUAUGAGUGCAGUGAUUGUGGGAAAUCUUUUACCAGUAGUUCUGCCCUCCGUUCUCACAAGAUAGUUCACACUGGUCAAAAGCCUUAUAAAUGCAGUGCAUGUGGGAAAUCUUUUGUUCGUAAUUCUUCCCUACGUUAUCACCAGGCAAUUCAUAGUGGAGAAAGGCCGUUUGAGUGUAACGAAUGUGGCAAAUCUUUUAUGAGUAGUAAUGGCCUCCGAUAUCACUAUAAUGUUCACAAUGGAGUGAAGCCUUAUAAGUGCCAUGAAUGUGGCAAAUCUUUUAUGAGUAGUUCUUGCCUUCGUUGUCAUCAGACCAUUCACACUGGAGAAAAGCCUUAUAAGUGUGACGAGUGUGGGAAAUCCCUUGCUAGUAGUUAUUCCCUUCGUUCCCACCAGAGACUUCAUACUGGAGAAAGGCCUUAUGUGUGUAUUGAAUGUGGGAAAUCCUUUCUCCAUAAAGUUACCCUUAGUAAACACAUAAAGCUUCACUCGGGUGAACGGCCUUAUGAGUGUAAUGAAUGUGGGAAAUCUUUCACUACUAGAUAUACCCUCCGUUAUCACCAGCGAAUUCAUACUGGACAAAAGCCUUAUCAGUGCAUUGAAUGUGGGAAAUCUUGUACUACUAGUUCUGACCUCCGUAGUCACCAGAGAGUUCACACUGGAGAAAGGCCUUAUGAGUGCAGUGAAUGUGGGAAAUCUUUUACUCGUAAUUCUGCCUUCCGUUAUCACCAGAGACUUCACACUGGAGAAAGGCCUUAUGAGUGCUGUGAAUGUGGGAAAUCUUAUACUAGUAGUGCUGCCCUCCGUUCACACCAGAGUGUUCACACUGGACAAAAGCCUUAUGAAUGCUGUGAAUGUGGGAAAUCUUUUACCACUAGUUCUGCCCUCCGUUAUCACCAGAGAUUUCACACUGGACAAAAGCCUUAUAAGUGCAGCGAAUGUGGCAAAUCUUUUACCACUAGUAAACAGCUCCGUGUUCACCAGGUAGUUCACAGUGGAGAGAGGCCUUAUGAAUGCCCUGAAUGUAGCAAAUCCUUUUCACGAAAACAUACACUCAAUACACACAAAAAGCUUCACUCAGGUGAACGGCCUUAUGAGUGUAAUGAAUGUGGGAAAUCAUUUACUGUUAGUUCUACCCUCCGUUUGCACCAGAGAGUUCAUACUGGAGAAAGGCCUUAUGUGUGUAAUGAAUGUGGGAAAUCUUUUACUGGUAGUUCGGCCCUCCGUUCGCACCAGAGUGUUCACACUGGAGAAAGGCCUUAUGAGUGCCGUGAAUGUGGGAAAUCUUUUAUCAGUCAUAAUGGUUUUAGAUACCAUUGCGGUCUUCACACUGCAGGAAAGAUUUAAAAUAGUACAGAAGGUGAUACUUCCUUGCUUAGUAUAGUUUAGGCUGGAGGACAACCUCUGAGGCAGCCACCUACCUGACUCGAACGUGGUUCACCUGAAUGUCCACC